GAUGUGCUCACCAGCUCACGGGCACUGGCGCCUUCGGCUUCGCUCCAAAAUUUCUGUAAAUCGGUAAACGACGGACCCAGAAGAACCAGCUGCAAGUGUCAGACAUUCGGUUGCAGUUAUGGCCUUCUAGCUUCCACUCUCUCGAUCACUUCCCAAUGGAUCCCCCACCCUCCUACCGCAGUCACAGAGUCACCAACAAACCUCAGCUAUACUCCACAGUUGUCAUCCAUUCCAAUUCUGAUUCAGACGCCGACAACAAACCUACCGAUCGGAUACUUCAGCGCCGACGAAGACCGCCGAGCGAAGGUGAAGACCUAUACGCCACAAUGGUCUAUAAGGACGUUGAUCAGGGCCACGAGGACGAGGAUGACGAUGAUUCGUCUCUCCCACCUCUCCUCAAACGUCUUCCAAAGGAUUUCGGGGGUGGAGCCCCAAUUGACUACAACGACGACAAAGAUUUUGGAUUUGAUCACGAUACUGAAGAUUUUGGUACGGUGAUCGUCAAAACGGGAAGGAGUCGCCCUCUUAAUCGUUCUUUGUCUUCAUCAGUUUCGGCGAAGCCUCGAAAUUCGGCGUUGCCAUCCGUGAACUUUCAGACGGGGAGCUCCGGGACGAGAUCAGGCGGGAGAGAUGGUAGCGAGGAAGGCGAUGUGAGCGAGGAAGAUGAUGGUGAUGGGUAUUCGACGUUCGUGGUGAAGCCCUCGGCGAGGUCGCGGAACAGAGAAUCUGUUAGUGACACCAUUCUUCGAAGGAGCGUUGCUAGUCGUAGUGAUACCAGAGAUGGAGGCGGAGGACUUGAGGGGUCUACGUUGGGCAGAGCGGUGGCGAGCAUGCAAGGAAUGGGAGAGUUAGGGUUUGGGAAGCAGAGGAAGGGGGCUGGAUCGCCGAAGAGUGAGGAAGGCGGUGGUCGGAUGCGCAGUAAGGUAUCCACGAGUUCGAUUCCUGAAAGCAUCACCAGGGAAGAUCCAAAUACCAAGUAUGAAUUGCUCAACGAACUCGGAAAGGGGUCCUAUGGGGCUGUUUAUAAAGCAAGAGAUAUUAAGACCUCUGAGCUUGUUGCUAUCAAGGUCAUUUCUUUGUGUGAAGGGGAGGAAGGAUAUGAAGAAAUUCGUGGUGAAAUAGAGAUGUUGCAGCAGUGCAGUCAUCCGAACGUUGUCCGCUAUCUUGGGAGCUACCAGGGAGAGGAGUAUCUAUGGAUAGUAAUGGAGUACUGUGGGGGUGGCAGUGUUGCUGACUUGAUGAAUGUUACUGAAGAAGCACUAGAGGAAUAUCAGAUAGCAUAUAUCUGUAGGGAGGCAUUGAAGGGCCUCACUUAUCUUCAUUCGAUUUUCAAAGUACAUAGAGAUAUCAAGGGCGGCAAUAUUUUGUUAACCGAACAAGGAGAUGUCAAGUUGGGUGAUUUUGGAGUUGCAGCCCAGCUAACUAGGACCAUGUCAAAGCGCAAUACAUUCAUUGGUACUCCCCAUUGGAUGGCUCCAGAAGUUAUUCAGGAAAGUCGAUACGAUGGGAAGGUGGAUGUGUGGGCUCUUGGUGUUUCUGCUAUCGAAAUGGCUGAGGGACUUCCUCCAAGAUCAGCCGUGCAUCCAAUGAGGGUUUUAUUCAUGAUAUCCAUUGAGCCAGCUCCAAUGCUUGAAGACAAAGAAAAAUGGUCCUUGUUGUUCCACGAUUUUGUUGCAAAGUGUCUGACAAAAGAUCCCCGUUCACGUCCUGCUGCUUCUGAGAUGUUGAAGCACAAAUUCAUUGAGAAAUGCAGAUGUGGCGCAUCAGCAAUGUUGCCAAAGAUUGAAAAGGCAAGGAAAAUCAGGACUUUGUUGAUGGCUCAGCAAGCUCGUAGUGUUCCUCCAGAUGCAUCAGGAGAUGGUACUAUAGUAGCUGCAAAGUUGAAUCAAAACUAUGGAGAUACUGUUCCUUCAAAACCUCAGAAUGUUGGACUUCAGGUAGCAAAUGAAAUGUCAUGGAGGAAGCAAGAGCAAUCGGGUGUAGAAGCCGAAGGUACUUUUGGCACUAUGAUAGUCCAUGAUGGAGAUGAAAAUGAUAAGGUGGCCUCUCGACUGGAUACUGGCAAUGCUGUAGCACCAACUGGUCCUUCAAGCAAUGAGAGCCAAUCCGUUGGUGUAACUGGAGUCAAAAUUGUGGACUCUAGUGUGGUGGAUUGUACGGGAGGUAUUGCUAGUAAUAAUCUUGAUGGAAAAUUAGAUCCUGCCAUUCCUGCAUCUUCCCCCUCAUUUUUGGGUAUUCAUGAGAUUAGCACGUUGGAAAAUGAAACUGUCAGCCGGAAAUCUUUUGCUCUGCAGGAUAAGCUUUGGUCCAUUUAUGCAGCGGGUAACACUGUACCCAUUCCAUUCUUGAGAGCUACUGAUAUAUCCCCCAUUGCUUUGUUAUCUGACAAUGUCCUCGGAGGCAUGCAACAAGAUAACAGGGGUACUGUAGCAGUGGAAACGCUUCAGGAACUCUUCACCGGUGAUGGACAAUCAAAAAAGGGUCGCAGGGGACAAAAUGAGAUGCCGCUUCCAUCCAGUGUUUAUCAAAGACUUACUUCAAGUCCGACCCUAUUGAACCUUGCCCAGGCUUUAGCUUACCACAGAAUGUGUUAUGAAGAUAUGCCGCUUCAGGAGUUGCAGGCGACUCAAGAACAACAAACCAUCCAAAAUCUUUGUGAUACACUUAGAACUAUCCUUCGAUUGUAGGUAGUCAUAAAAGAGUGAAUAUGGCAACCUUGUUCACCUGCUCUCUUGUUAAGUUCUAUCUUUCGCUUCCUUCAAAAUGUAUUAAAACUUUACUCUUUUUACCAUGCAUUUGCUUAAUUUAAUCCUGUCCUGUGUUAUCA